CGUCCGCUCGGAUUUUGUUUGCUUCUUCAUUAGUGCAACAUGAGUGCAUACCUCAAGCUAUUUUGGGAAUGGAUGUCCUCUGUCAAGCGAAGUCUGGGAUGGGUAAAACUGCUGUUUUUGUUCUAUCUACUCUGCAGCAGAUUGAACCGGUGGCUGGUCAAGUUGCUGCCCUUGUCCUUUGCCAUACAAGGGAACUAGCUUACCAGAUCUGUCACGAAUUUGAGAGGUUCAGCACAUACUUGCCUGAUAUUAAGGUUGCUGUCUUCUACGGUGGUGUCAAUAUCAAGAUUCACAAGGAUUUAUUGAAGAAUGAAUGCCCUCAUAUUGUCGUUGGAACACCUGGAAGAAUAUUGGCUCUUGCUAGAGAAAAGGACCUUGGAUUGAAGAAUGUGAGGCAUUUUAUUCUUGAUGAAUGUGACAAGAUGCUUGAGUCACUGGACAUGAGGAGAGAUGUGCAGGAGAUUUUUAAGAUGACCCCUCAUGAUAAGCAAGUUAUGAUGUUUUCAGCUACACUUAGCAAGGAGAUUCGCCCAGUUUGCAAGAAGUUCAUGCAAGAUCCAAUGGAAAUUUAUGUGGAUGACGAGGCCAAGUUGACUCUUCAUGGACUUGUGCAGCAUUACAUUAAAUUGAGUGAGAUGGAGAAGAACCGCAAGCUGAAUGACCUUCUGGAUGCCUUGGAUUUCAACCAAGUUGUCAUUUUUGUCAAAAGUGUCAAUAGAGCAGCUGAGCUGAACAAGUUACUUGUUGAAUGUAACUUCCCUUCUAUCUGCAUCCAUUCUGGGAUGUCUCAGGAAGAAAGGCAUGUAUUCAUAUACUCUGACUUCAGUUUAUGAGGAAAAGUGCUCUUUUAUUUUUUGUUUGUGCAGGUCAGGCCAUGUUAUUUGUUUGAAACUCCUUCAAUCACAAACCUAUGAAAUGAAUGAUGUUAACACAACGGGCUAGUUUCCCUUUCGUUUUAACAGCUGUCCUGUUCUACACAUGCAUGCAUUUAUUACAUUUUGAUAUUCACUCUACAGGACUGUAAUGUCACAUUUUGCUUUACAAGGCAAAACUAGAUAUAAAACUAAGGGCUCACUACAUGACUGGAAUGGCAUAUAUUGCUUUACGACACAAAACUAGAUAUAAAACUAAAGGAUUCAACAUGAAGUGGGAUACAUGCUUUGGCUGCUCAAACCAUUUGUGACCUUUAUGACACCUCUGAAAAGCUAAGAUUAUUUUGGUCAUAGUUGUUAGUGUCGUAUGAUACGUUACGAUACGGAUCGUAGUUAUGUAUCGUUUUUGCGUCGUAUCGUCCGAUGUACGAUACGAUACAUAUCGUCCGAUG